AUGAAAUUUUUAGAUUAUACCAGCGAUGAAGCCGUUUAUAAUGCACUGAAAGAUGUAGCGCCCGAAAUUAUUUAUUUUGUGAAACAGAAACUUGCAGAAGAGCAACCACGUGAUGACUACAAAGAGUUUUUGCAAUUGACGCUCAUUUUUUUGGGAGAUAAAACAAAUGUGAGUUUUAGGGCCCCCGGUGCAUAUCAUUUAGCGAGAUGGAUGGCUAAAGCGAUUUAUUGUUUAAAACUUUUUUUAUUUCGCGAUCAAAUGAAAAUGAGAAAGGAUAAUUCCAAACUGAAUGCAGAAAUUUGCGUUUUCGUUGUAUACUGUUAUGUAGAGGCCUGGUUUUCAGCAACGAAUACUACAGGAGCUCCCCUAAAUGAUAUAUAUUUUUUGAGAAAAUUGGUUAUAUUUAAAAAUAUUAAUGAAAACAUUGCAACCAUUGCAAUAACAAAAUUUUUAAACCAUUUAUGGUAUCUAAGUGAAGAGUGUGCUGCCAUGGCAAUAUUUGACGAUAGAAUUGAGAGAGUUGAAAAAAUUAGAAUGGCUCAAAAAAUUAUGGAAUGUGCAAGUAAAAACAUAGAGACUGUGAAUGAAAAAGAAGAAGAAAAUGAAGAGACAGAAGUCAUUGAGAAAAAACUAUCGUUGCAAAUCCGGGAUGUCCAAAAUUUUGUUCAAAAAGAUCUACCAACUGAAUUAUUGUCCGCCAAUUCACUUCAGUUAUUUAAACGAUUCGGUAUUUGUGUUGAAUUUCUUCAGGACGAUCCGCUGAAUUGGGAAAACAGAGAGGAUUAUCGCACAGGAAAAAAUAUCAUUUCAACCUUAAAAUGUACAAAUGAUAUUGCAGAAAGAGGAGUCAAGUUGAUUGAGGAUUACAAUGAAAAAAUGACGAAAAAUGAACAUCAAAAACAAUUUUUGAUACAGGUUGUUCAGGAGUACCGGAGAGAGUUCCCAGUCGCCACAAAAGGAGGCUUACUUAAAUCCAAAAUAUGUAUCUGAAGUGGAUGUAUCAUUUCAAUAAAUAAAAAAUAUAGUAUUAGGAUAAACUAUA